AUGAACAUGAACUUCAAGGAGAUGCGCGCGCGGAUGGCCGAGGCCGCGACCAAGGCCAAGGCCGAGGCCAUGAAGCAGGCGGCCAAGGUCGAGACGCGCCUCAAGGACACGGAGCGGAACCGCGCGAUGGUCGCGUCGUUCGUCGAGAAGGUCGGCGCGACGCUCGAGGAGCUCGUGGACGAGGGCGCGCCCCGCGAGGAGCGGAAGAUCAUCGACCUGACGUACGUGACGGACCGCUUCAUCGCCAUGGGCUUCCCCUGGGACGGGCGGUCGUCCGCGGGGUCGGCGGCGGCGCGGCAGACGGCGAACCCGAUCAAGGCGGUCGCGGCGCACCUCCGGUCCUACCACGAGGGCCACUACAUGGUGCUGAACGUGUCCGAGGAGCAGUACGACUACGGGACCUUCGACAUGAACGUGCUGGAGUUCGAGUUCCCGGGGCACCCGGCGCCGCCCCUCGGCAUGCUCUUCAAGAUCUGCGCGUCGCUGGAGUCGUGGAUCGCCGCGGACGCGGCCAACGUCGCCGCCGUGCACUGCCUCACGGGCCGGGGCCGCACGUCCGUGGUAUUGGCGUGCGUGCUGGCCUGGCUGGGGGAGUUCGAGACGCCGCUCGCGGCGCUGAGGCACGUCGCGGACGCGCGGAAGGACGACGUCGAGCGGCUGACGAUCCCGUCGCAGCGGCGCUACGUGCAGUACUUCUCCAACGUGCUCGACGGCGUCGCGCCGCGGUCCGAGCCCCUGCUUUUACGGCGGGCCAUCAUGCACGGCAUCCCCAACUUCGCGGGCGACGCGCGGCGCGCGGGCUGCUGCCCGUACCUCCAGUUCUUCAAGGGCGGGCGGCUGGCCUACACGACGACGUGGGCCGGCGCGAAGGACGAUUUGGCCGCCGACGGCGUGGGCGUGGGCGAGACCAAGGGGGGCGAGGAGCAAAGAAAGCCCGCGCGGCCCUGGGCGGGCCCCGCGGAGGGGAGCUUGGUGUUCCACGUCGACUGCGUCGUCCACGGCGACCUGCUCGUGCGCUGCCGCCACCUCGACGAGCACGGCGGCCGCACGUCCAUGUUCCGCGCGGCGCUCCACGUGGGCUUCGCGCCGACGGGCGUGCUGCGGCUGACGAAGGCGCAGCUCGGGGCAGGACAAGAGAGCGAAAUUCCCAACUUCAAAGGCUCCUAUCUCGGCCGUUUUCCACUCGUUUCGGCUGAUUUUUGGACGAGCGAUCAUCUCUUGGAACGGUCUCGACGCGUGGAUGCUUUUUCCGGAACGCGCGCGCGCGGAACACUCACGUUGAAGCGACGUCGAAUCUCUCUCGUCCCGCCCAGGCGCAGCUCGACGGCGCGUGCGGCGACGACCGCUUCGACGACGACUUCUUCGUCGACCUCAUCUUCGCGCCGCUGGAGCGCGAGAACGACGAGGACGGCGGAAACGACGCGCCGGGCGGCUCGGCCGCGGGCGCGGCGCAGGCGGGGCUGCGGGCCGAGGCCGCGCGCGAGACGUCCGACGCGGGCGGCUUCUCCCCGGCCUACGACGCGCUGCUCCACAAGGACUCGCUCUUCUGGCGCGACAUCGAGGACCGGAAGACGCGCGCGCGGGGCCGGCGCGCGGCCGCGAAGAAGGCCGACGCGCCGAACGCGGCGUCGCAGGCCGCGGCGGCCGCCGUGCCCGCGCCGCCCGCCCGCGCGGCGCGCCGGGCGCGGCCCGAGGCGGCGGACCCCAUCUUCGCCAUCGGUGGCGAGGACACGCCCGCCAAGGCGGCGCCGGUCGCGGACCUGCUGAGCGCGGACACGGACGACCUCGUGCGGCAGCUCGAGGACGCGGACGCGCUUUU